AUUGGUAUUUUGACAUUGAUAGUGGAAUUGUUCUAGCUCCAUGUUGAACAUCCACAUUGUGUCAAGCCUUGUUAUUAUCAAUUUACUAGUUUUUUUCCAUUUCAUACAAGUUAUCAUCUUGAUUUUACACAAAGUACAUCAGGUAUUAUUAGAUACUUUCUGUGAGGUUAAAAGAAAAAGUGAGGGGAAGAAAGAGGUGGAUCUCGAAAACAAACAGAAUAUAGCAACCAAUUUCAUCUCUUGCUUCAUAUUUCUUCACUACCCAUCAAUGCUUAAGAAGCUCAACAGAAUCACUAGGCUCAAUCUUGGGCAUUCUAUCUCCAUCACCGCAGCAUUUAAACAAUACUCAACCCUUCCCUUAAACCCUUACGCAAACCCCACAGAGCCCUUAACAAAACCCCAGCUCAAGAUCCUGGUUCUCUCCCAAUACUCUCAUGUGAACUUCUCCAACCUUGUCCAGAAUGUCAUUGCUUUGCCCUCUGUCCUCCUCACUGUGUGCCAAAACCUCACCAGCCCUGGUAACACAACGCGAGAGACAACUCAGUUGCUCCCUCAUUUUCUGGAUUCCGUCUCCAAAUGCUUCUCCAUAAUUGAAAUGAGUGGUGAAAUUAGAGAAAAUGAGUUUGAUGUUGUGUCUUGCUGUGUCAAAAUGACACAAUGAAGGGAUAGAGGUGAGCCUCUGGUCCUGCCCAAUUUGAAAUUGAAGAUCUUGAUUGAAGCUAUGAGGAUGGUAUUGGUAAUUGUCUAUUAUGAACGGUUUGUCACAUUUUCUUACGGGGGCUGUGUUGGUAUGGGAAGGCAUACUGCAAUUAGGUGCCUUAAAAGCUCUGUACAAAAUCUAAGUUGGUGGUUUAGUGUUUCGUUUAACCGUGAGAACUUUCAGAAGUGUAACAUAGAUAAAUUGUGUUUGUUUAUUGAGGAGAAAAUUAAGGAUAUGAUGUUGAUUGGUAUGCUCAAGAGGUUGUUUGAUUGUGAAGUAGUGAGAAUUGAACUGGGUGGGAGUUAUUUAGGAAGAGGGUUUCCCUAGGAAUCUGGCGUGUGUUCAAUUUUGAUUAAUAUUUACUUUGAUGGUUUGGAUAAAGAGAUCCAAGAUAUGCGCCUUAAAAUGAAUCAGAAUGAUCCCAAACUUGAUUUGAAUGAGCUUGUUUCCGCCUCAGAUGUCUUUUAUAAACCGGAAAAGAUAUAUGCUGUAAGGUACUUGGAUGAGUUAUUGGUCAUAACGUCAGGGUCUAAGAUUUCAAUAUUGGAUUUGAAGAACCAGAUCUUGAACUUUUUGGAGGUGAAUUUAGAUUUGAAGGUUGAUAGAGUAAAAACAGCUGUCCAUGGUGGCUGUUUCAGAAAAUUAACUUCUUAGGGAUGGAACUGCAAGCUUUUUCACCUUCAGUUUUGUAUCCCCCUAUGUUAGAGAAAGCAAUUAGAGCAAAGAAGAAGUAUCUCAGACAGAAGGAAGUUAGCGCUUUGGAAUUGAGAAAUGCCUGGGAGGGGAAUCGGAGGAAAUUAGAUAUCAGUGCCUUAUCCAUCAAACGUAGAGGGCACAAAUCUACCAAAGGAAGAGGGCACAAAUUAAUCUACCGGUACCAUUUGCCAAAACGGAAAACUACCAAAGGUAGAGAGCACAAAUUAAUGUACCGGUGCCAUUUGCCAAAAC